GGCCGAGCUACGGCGAGAGAGUGAGAGAAGGGGAAGCCGGAACGGGCGCGAGUGAAGCAAAGGGGUGAAGACAGUUCCUGAGGGCCAGGGGUGCAUGUGCACCCGCUCUUUCACCCCAACUCACCCCUCCGCUCUGCUGCCUUCCCUCGCGGCCAGUUGACAACUGGGCCCGGUUCGCUGCUCGCUGCCUCGGGCGCGAGGAGCGCGCGCCCUACUCUCGCGCACAGCGCCAGCGGCCCCUCCCCCUCGUCCCGUCCGUCCCGUCGCGUCCCGUCCCCUCGGGUGCCGUCGCUUGGGUGCCGAUGCACGUCGGCGGUAGCAGGGACAUUUUCUGACUCUUGGUCGCUUGUACCAGCUGCCUGCCCUUCCUACCCCGUCGCGGGGCCGGCCGCUAUUCCGGCCCCAGGAUGCAGAAUGUGAUAAACACAGUGAAGGGAAAGGCGCUGGAAGUGGCCGAGUACCUGACCCCGGUCCUCAAGGAAUCAAAGUUUAAGGAAACAGGAGUUAUCACCCCAGAAGAGUUUGUGGCAGCUGGAGAUCACUUAGUUCACCACUGUCCAACAUGGCAAUGGGCUACAGGGGAAGAAUUGAAAGUGAAGGCAUAUCUUCCAACAGGCAAACAAUUUUUGGUCACCAAAAAUGUACCAUGCUACAAGCGGUGCAAGCAGAUGGAAUAUUCAGAUGAGUUGGAAGCUAUCAUUGAAGAAGAUGAUGGUGAUGGAGGAUGGGUAGAUACUUAUCAUAACACAGGUAUUACAGGAAUAACUGAAGCAGUUAAGGAGAUCACACUGGAAAGCAAGGACAGUAUAAAACUCCAAGAUCGUUCAACAUUAUGUGAAGACGAAGAAGAAGAAGAUGAAGGAGAAGCUGCAGAUAUGGAAGAAUAUGAAGAGAGUGGAUUGUUGGAAACAGAUGAGGCUACCCUAGACACAAGGAAAAUAGUUGAAGCUUGUAAAGCUAAAACUGAUGCUGGAGGUGAAGAUGUGAUUUUGCAAACCAGAACUUAUGACCUUUACAUCACUUAUGAUAAAUAUUACCAGACACCACGACUAUGGUUGUUUGGCUAUGAUGAGCAACGGCAGCCUUUAACAGUUGAGCACAUGUAUGAAGAUAUCAGUCAAGAUCAUGUGAAGAAAACAGUGACCAUUGAAAAUCACCCUCAUCUCCCACCACCUCCUAUGUGUUCAGUUCACCCAUGCAGGCAUGCUGAGGUGAUGAAGAAAAUCAUUGAGACUGUUGCAGAAGGAGGAGGAGAACUUGGUGUUCAUAUGUAUCUUUUGAUUUUCUUGAAAUUUGUACAAGCUGUCAUUCCAACAAUAGAAUAUGACUACACGAGACACUUCACAAUGUAACGAAGAAAGCAUACAAUCUAUCCUAAUUACUGGUUCUGAUUUGUAAAGAAUUAACCCAUAGAUGUGACCAUUGACCAUAUUCACCAAUAUGUACAAUUUCUCUAAUAAAGGGACUUAGAGGUUUAUGCAUUAAAUAAAAAAAGUUCCACUACCAGCCUUAUUUGUUUAAUAAAAAUGAGUGUAAAGAGAUCAUUUUUCUGGCUUCUUAUCAAAAGGUGAUAUAGUAUUUUUCUUAAAUAACUCUUGAAGUGAAGAAGUACCUUAUAUAGGAUGAUAAAAAUAUUUUUUGUUUCACAUUUAUGAAGAAGGUAUUUAAAUGUGUGAUAGUGUGGGAACAAGGCCAAGAAAAUACUGCAUGCUAGACUUCCCUUCUUUCUCCUCCUUUGUUCCCCCUCUCUUACUGUCUCCCCAAGACUCCUAUCUGAUAAUAGUAAAUAUUUAUGAAAUACUGUGUGCCAGGAAAUAUGCCAAGUGCUAUAUUACUUGUUUCUUGAUUGCUUUAUUAAGUUGAUACCACCAAAAUUAUUUUUUAUUAAGGAUUCAGUAAUAUUCUUCCUAUUGUGAUUGCCUGGUAGAAAAUUAGAAUUUAAAAGGAUCCCUUUGUGGUAUCGGAUCAGUUUAUAGUUUUGGGCAUAGGAGUUCAGACGGGCUUAAGUGUGUUGUAUUCUCAGACACACAUUGAGAGCCAAGGAGUAAAACCCAGGCCCUGAACAAUGCAGCCUGGGACCUGAAGUGAGAAGCAGGGCCAGGAUGAGCAGCUUCAACCAUAUAUGAAAAGAGCAACCAGGUGGACAUAAGGUCUUUGAUUACUAAAGAAAACAAUCUUCUCAAUCCUAAGGACCAAAGACGUGUUAACUAUAUAUUCACCCAGUGUUAAUGUGACAGGAUCCCCUGUUUUCUCAGUUUAAAUGAGCUGGCCAUGUUAAUGGCUAGGACACUGCAACCUUUUGGGAAGUGCUGCAGCUGAGAUCAUGGACAUCUGCCAACAAAACCUGAAGAGCUGAUUGAUUCAAUUAAGAAAGAGAAGCUGCAAUACUCUCCAGGAAAACAUGAAUAUGGGUUAUUCCCAGCCACCAUUCAUGUUGAUGAUUUUCUGAUAACUGGAUAUACUCAUACAAAAGGAUGAAGUUGGACUCCUGCUUCACACCACAAAAGAAGAUGAACUCAAAAUGGUUCAUCAUAUUUAAGAACUAAAACUAUAAAAUUCUUAGAAGAAAAUGUAGUAGUAAAUCUUUGACCUUGGAUUAGGCAGUGAUUGUUUAGAAUACCAAAAGGAUGUGUAACAAAAGAAAAAAGACACAAAUUGGACUUUAUAAGUAUUCAAAACUUUUGCUUCAAAGAACACUAUCAAGAAAUUGAAACAGCCAGCCUCCGGAUGGGAGAAACACUAGCAAGUUAUAUAUCAAGAGACUUGCAUCCAAAAACCCAUACCUACAAAGAACUGUUGUAACUCGAUAAUAAAAAGACAACACAACUUUAAAGCAAAAUGAAACAAAAAACCCAGGCCCUUUAAUGACUCAUUACAUUCUCAUUCUAUUGCUACAUUGCUUUUUGUCCCUGUUCUUUAUGCAUGUAAUUGAGUGGAUAAUGCUGCCUCCAGGGAACGUUACAGGGUUUUUUUUUGCUUGGUUUUUAUUUCCUCAGCAUUCAAGAAUAUUCUCCUUACAAUUAAUACCGCUUUAUUUUUCUCCUUUUCCCAAUUGUAAUCCAAUUCUUGUAUUGCAAGAAAAGCUAUCUCCAUAAUGAAGAUAAUGACU